GAUUAAUAAUAAUAACAAUAAUUAAGGAACUAGCACCGUACGUUGUGAAUCUGGCCGUGUUGUGAAUGGUACGAGUUGAGCAAAGCCGUGCAGCAUUCAUAAUCAGCAAAAAUGGUAGUUAAAAAUUCCAACUCCGAAAAAGGACCGAAAACCAAACAGUCUCACAUCGCUUCCGUGUGGAACCGUGCGAUCAAACCCAACUCGGAAUGGGCUGAAAAGGACGACUUCCUCGAUGUAGUGUACUGGGCUCGGCAGGUCCUGAGCAUCCUCAUCGGGAUAGUAAUGGGCCUCAUUCCGCUGAAAGGAUUCGUUGCACUAGCGCUAUUUGCUUUGCUGAAUUGUGGAGCGGUUUAUCUGUACAGCACCAGCUUCCAGAACAUUGACGAGGAUGCGUACGGUGGCAUGUGGGAAGUUGUGAAGGAAGGCUUCAUGACAUCGUUCGCGUGCUUUUUGGUCACGUGGAUCAUCUUCUACACCGGCAUCCAUUUCGAUAGUGUUGUAAUAGAGAAAAGUCUGUAAGGCGCCAGCUUGUGGUACAUUGAAUUAUUGGAAAAGAAAUUGUAAGAUUAAAUGAAUAUGUCUUUACAGUUUUCGUUGUUAUAAAUAAUUUAUUUUAAACACACAUACACACACACACUCGUACGCAAUCACAGUCGUUGAGUGUUGUGCACGGAACAACCAAAUAAAGAAAGUCGAAUGAGUGAAUCGUAAGAAA